GUUUUUACCACUACGAUUUCCCGUAGUGCGCAAGUUGUGCGCAACCAUUCAGCCAGUGAGCGGGAGCUCUGAGCGAGUCGAGAGCUGUGGAAGAUGGCGACGUCCUUAGGAGCUAACACAUAUAACCGACAGAAUUGGGAAGAUGCGGACUUCCCUAUCCUCUGUCAGACAUGCCUUGGUGAAAACCCAUACAUUCGAAUGACCAAAGAGAAGUAUGGCAAAGAAUGCAAGAUCUGUGCUCGUCCUUUCACGGUGUUCCGCUGGUGUCCUGGCGUCCGUAUGCGCUUCAAGAAGACCGAAGUUUGUCAGACGUGCAGCAAGAUGAAAAAUGUCUGCCAGACCUGUCUGCUGGACCUGGAGUAUGGCCUGCCAAUUCAGGUUCGAGACACUGGCCUGGCCGUUAAGGACGACAUGCCGAAGUCGGACGUGAACAAGGAGUAUUACACGCAGAACAUGGAGCGAGAGAUCCAGGGCUCUGAUGGCACCCGUCCGGUGGGCUUGCUGGGCAAGGCCCCGGGCCACAGUGACAUGCUGCUGAAGUUGGCGCGCACCACGCCCUACUACAAGAGGAAUCGGCCACACAUCUGCUCCUUCUGGGUGAAGGGAGAGUGCAAGAGAGGAGAGGAGUGCCCCUACAGGCACGAGAAACCCACAGAUCCAGAUGACCCCCUGGCGGAUCAGAACAUCAAGGACCGCUACUAUGGGUUAAACGACCCGGUGGCAGACAAACUCCUGAAGCGAGCGUCUGCCAUGCCGAGGCUAGACACGCCAGACGACAAGUCCAUCACCACCCUCUACAUAGGAGGCCUGGGAGACAACAUCACCGACUCCGAGCUCAGGAACCAUUUCUACCAGUUUGGCGAGAUCCGCACCAUCACAGUGGUGCAGAGGCAGCAGUGUGCCUUCAUCCAGUUUGCCGCGCGGCAGGCAGCAGAGCUCGCUGCGGAGAAGUCCUUCAACAAGCUCAUCAUUGGUGGACGCAGGCUCACCGUCAAAUGGGGCAGGUCCCAGGGAGCCAGAGGGAGAGAGAAGGACCAAGAUGGGGUCAGCGAGAUGGGAAACAGGCUCGAGCCCGUACCAGGACUCCCUGGAGCCCUUCCCCCACCCCCUGCCCAGGAGGAGGAGGUGCCUACCAACUACUUCAACCUGGACCCAAAUACCUCAUCGGCAGUCAUGAACAUGGCCAUGCCCCCUCCCCCUGGCAUACCCAACCCCCCACCUCCCGGUUUCGGACCGCCAUUAUUCCAUCCCAUGGGGCCGCCCCCGCCUCCACCCAUGGGCCUCAGACCUCCAGGCCACAUCCACUACCCUUCCCAGGAUCCUCAGCGCAUGGGCACCCAUGCCACUCGCCACGCGGCAGAGUAACGCCCUGCUCCAUCUACCUCAGCCAGCUCGCUAAGUGCCAGCUUCGCACCGACCUGAUCAAAGGAGUGUUCUCAGUCUGGUGCCAUUUCUUCGGCUUCGUAGCACUUUCUCUGAGAGUGGAACACUUGGUGAGGGGAAAAAUGCUCAUCAAAGACUGAGUGGGUUGAGGUGAAUCCUCACACUCGUAGUCUCUACUUGCCAUAUAGUCCAUGGAUGUGAGCAACAUUGGCCAAAUGGCUGCUGAAUAGACUUCCAUAGUAAUAACUGUUGCUUACCCGACAGUUAUAAUGUAUUGGUUUAACAAGAGAUAUCUGUUUUCACUUCUGCCACUGUCAUCUUUGGACUGUUAUUAUUAGUAUUAGUAUUUUAUGUAUUAUGAUUUAUUUUUAUUUUUUUUAUGUUUACUUAAGUUUUUAGUGGUAUGUGCAGCUGCUAUAAGUUGCUGUAUGGAUAACCUAUGAGUAAUUUUUCUUCUCAAAUCACAUCAUGAAUUAAUACUCAAAAUUGAGCAGUUGAUCUUUGAUGAUUUGACCUUCAAAUCAGCUCAGAAUUGUUUAAGGUCCAAACCAUUUUGAUCUGUUUUUUUAAGCGAACACAGUACCAACAUGUUUCAGCUGAUUCACAACAUGGAUUUCCCCACUGUAAGUCAGGACAACAAUUCACAAAUGUAGACUCAGAUCACACCAGUUACAGUCCAUUUUAAACAAUAAAAUAUUCCUUUCUAUUUGGCAAUCCA